UCAACCUCUUUCUCACUCUCUAAUGUCUUCUUCUUAUCUACAUCUGAGUUUUCCUCUUCCUUUCUCCCGUAGACAUCAUCUCACUUUCACUCCAUUUCCACCCACCAAACAUCCUCUGAUGAUUUGCUUCUCCACUUCUCCAUCAAGCAGCAGCAGCAGCUCCAAUUACGAUAGAGAAGAGGCUCGGUGGCUCCGCGAAGAGCAGAGAUGGCUUCGUGAAGAAUCUCGUUGGAACGCUGAGCGCGAAUCUCUUAUCCGCGAAAUCUCAUCAUUAAAGCUCCAAAUUCAGGAAUUGGAAAGCACGACCGCUUCGGAAUCGAUGGAGAACAUGCAGGUGUUGAAGACGGACGAAGUAGAUUGCCAUAGAGAGAGUAGUGCCGUCGAAAGUGGAAAAGUGGAGGAGGAAGUGGUGGUGAAAGAAGUAGUCAUCUUGUCGCAAAAAGAUGAUGAGAAGAAGAAGAAGAGGGAGACGUUGAGGAAGGGUUCAGAAGGAGUAUAUGUUCGAUUGAUGCAGGAAGCACUGCAAAGAUUAGGGUUUUAUUCAGGUGAAGAAGAUAUAGAAUACUCAAGUUUCUCAAGUGGGACAGAACGUGCAGUUAAAACCUGGCAAGCUUCAGUUGGUAUAAGAGAAGAUGGAAUUAUGACUUCGGAUCUCCAAGAGAGACUAUUUUACGAAGUUAUCGCAGAUAUGAAUUCAAAAGGGAAGAACUUGAACUCCUUCAAUACGGAUGCUGAAAAUGAAGCUGCAAUAGUGAAAGAAGAGGUUGAAGAUCAUCAUGGAGUGUAUGUUGUUGAAGAGAACAGAUGGGAAGAACCAUCUAAGCUAAUUGGAAAGUGCCUUCAGUGUAGGGGAGAAGGCAGGUUGUUAUGCACAGGAUGUGAUGGAACUGGAGAACCGAACUUGGAGCCAGAGUUUAUGGAUUGGGUCGAGGAAGGAGCAACUUGUGCUUAUUGUCAAGGCUUUGGAUUUAUAGUUUGCGACCUCUGUGAAAAAAAAGAAGAAGAAGAUGUUUAACAAAGGUGUUAUAAAAAGAAAGUAGUUUAAAAUUGAUGGACCAAAUAGGAAAAUUUGUAUUUCAAACUUAAAGGACUCUCUAAUGUAAAUUACAGAAAGGCAGAACAAUUAAUGUUGUUGGUUGAAUAUAUAGACUUUUAUGUCAUUUUUCUUAUUA